AUGCUCAGAUCAUUACGGCUCCACACAGCAACUAGAUUACUUGCUCAAAACAGUGCUAGGUUCGGAUUUGUGCGAUUCAACUCAACUGCUGCUCAAAAGUACCAAGAAAAGCUUCAGAAAAAGGCUCAAGAACUCGGACUUGGUUCGGUUGAAGAACUCAAGAAACAACUCAAAGAUGAAAUCAAAGCCAAAAAACUCGAGUUCAGUAAAAUAGAUCCCUUGAAGGAACUCGAGGAGUAUGAGAAGCGCCAGGAAAAAGAAUUAGAAAAAGAUAGAUCCAAAACCAUCAAAAUUAGAGCACCCAUAGAUAAGAACUUGGAGAAGAAACCAUAUAAAACUUUGGACUCGUACUUGGCACUGGACAAAUUGAAAGAUCUAGGACAAAAGGAGAUUGAGCUUAUUUGGAGAGCCCGUUUUGAGAACAAAGAACGUACCCUUAAUGCGAUUCUUACCGAUAUUCAAUUUGCUACAAUGUAUGCAAAUGCAUUCAAGAAUCCUAGCUUCAUUCUUCCGCUUCCCAGAAACGAAGACGGCUACGAAAUGCAUUUUGUUCAAUGGUCGUUUGCCGGUCCUCAGACCACACACUGCAUGCUUACAACAUUGGCAGAAUAUAAGCUUCAUAAAGAGUAUGCCAAACCUCACACUACACUUAUGUUCCACCAGGAACUAGUCAACUCGAAGAAUUUGGUUUUAAUGAACGGUCAGGUUGAAGAAGAGGCAGCAUUAUCUAUGGAUGAUGCACAAUUGCUCGUUCUCAAUGUGCAGCGGUUUUAUGGUGCUGUUGGAGACGAAGCGCUGAUCAAGCGCAAGCAUGAAUUGCUUCGUGCUUUCACAACCAGUGAAAACUUUGACGUGGAUACGUUGAUCGAGGAAGCAACAUCUGUCUAG